AUGUUGUCACUUCGAUUACUCGUCGUUGUCGCGGCUCUCCUGGUUUUAUUACAAGUUGUUGACUCUUCUCCCAAUGGUCCGAGACGUCCUGACCGUAGACGUUUCCCCUAUAAAUAUCAUGACAGGAUUUGUGAUGAUUAUCACCUUCCUGCCCACGCCGAAUGGGUUAUUACUGAAGACUGUGACAAGUAUAAUAGACCAUUCAAAUGUUCUGACGGCUAUCAUCUGAAAGUUACCACAGUAUGUCACUAUGGGAAAUGGAAGUUGGAAUACGCCUGUGUAGAAGAAAGUCCAUGGUCGGGGUAA